AUUGCGGCGCCGUGGUCGCGCGUACACUGCGCUCCGUGUUAAACUGUGUUUAAAAAGUGAUUAAGUGCACAAAAUUAAGUUACAAAGUUGUGAUACGUACUAUUUAGUUUAACUCAUGUGAAAGUGACAUAUUUUAUUACAUAUUGCCUUGUUUAUCGCCAAUUAUAAUCAAAUGCAUAAGGUAUUUACGUAAAGUACUGGACGGUGUAUUAAUAUCGCUCAAGUGUCAUAGAAUAGUUUAAUUGCACCUUGCAGAACAGUACGCAAAACGCACCAUUGGUGUACUGUUAUUUUUUGUAUAGAAGAUUAAACUCAACUUAUCUGCUCUGUGGCAUCGAUGCUAUUGCAAUAAUGAUUUGUGACCGAUGUACCCACUCUGUAAAAAAAGAUGAAGUGGUUGUUUGUUCUCUCUGUAAAAAGGGAUUUCACUACCAAUGCGUCGACUUAACCGCAUCUUUUUACAUCAAAAACGCACGUGACCUAAAACGGUCAUGGAAAUGUGCUCUGUGCGUCAACAUAACCAAACGCAAGGGUGACAAGGCUACAAGCAUUGCGUGGGUGCCAAGUGCCUCCCCGCCGCCCGCGACUCCACCGAGCGACGAUGUGCGGAUGGUGGAACGUCACUUACAACAGCCGCAAAACAGCUCGCUUUCUUCCUCCGAUACAUCGCCGCCGGGCAAUGCGGUAACAUUGCAACAGAUAAGUAGCUUACUGGACGUAAAAUUUGAAAGUAUGAAGUCAACUUUAAUGGACAGUUUCACCUCUCUAAUAAAAAAACAAAUCGAGGACCUUAAAGACGACUUUACACGAACAACGGACUUUCUUGCUCUGCAGCAAACUGAUUUUAACGUUAAACUAGAGGCAUCGAAUAAUACAAUCCAAGAACUCCAAAAACAAAAGAAUAACCUUCAGACUGAACUCACUGACGCCCAAAGAAGACUAGAUGCGUUGGAAAAAUCUUCACGAAGUCUUAAUGUCGAGAUCCAAUUAGUUCCAGAUAAUCGCAACGAGAACAUCCUCUCCACUGUAAAGCAAAUUAUCUCUGUUAUACAAGCUCCUGUUGACGAAGCAAACAUCCGAUGCGUACGCCGCGUGGCUAAACUUAACCCACAAUCUACUCGACCCCGGAAUAUCCUAGUAACACUAUCAACAGAAAGACAGCGUGACACAUUUAUAUCCGCAUUUAAGAGAUACAAUAAAAACAAUAGAAGUGAUCCUCUGAACACUACAAACCUGGGCAUACCAGGCAACAAGCAAGCUAUCUACAUCAUGGAACAUUUACCGCCGUACUUAAAAAGUCUUCACGCUGAAACCAGAAAGACAGCUAAAGAUAAAAAUUAUAAAUAUGUUUGGAUUAAAUAUGGCAAUAUCUACAUCAGGAAAGACGAUACCUCUCCAGCAAUCUUAGUUAAGAACAGCACUAGUCUAAGCAAAUUAAUGUAAUCAUUUCGCUUCCUUUUUCCCCGUACAUUUCUUAAGAUGUUACUUUAUUUACCCACCAUCUCAUUAUGUUAAUUUACUAUCAAAAUGUAAAUCGUA